AUGAUCGCCCCAUACAAAAAUCACACAAAGUCUCUUAUUGAGGGAAAGGGGUGGGGGAAAAGACUUGCCCCGGAGGCGGCGAGAAACUUGCGUUUGGAAGAUACUCCGGCUACCAACGUUUGGAGAAACUCCUCGCCGCGGCCGACUCCAGCCUCGGUGCCCGCGGGGAGCACUUCAGCGAAGAGCUGCGGCCCCAAGGUGGCGGGCAGCUCCGUCGGCAAGCCCCACGCCAAGCUCGUCCAGACGGGCUGGGGCAAGGCGGCUGCAUCGUUCUCUCCGGAGCAGGCCGCCCUGCUGCCCCUGGGGGAACCCGCGGCCGUCUACAAGGUGCGGACUCCCACUGCGGCCACCCCGGCCGCCUCCUCCUCGCCGUCCAGCGCGCUGGCCACCCCCGCCAAACACCCUGCGGACAAGAAAGUGAAGCGCGUCUACCUGUUCGGAAGCCUGGGAGCUUCGGCGUCUCCCGUCGGGGGCCUGGGAGCGAGCGCCGACCCCAGCGACCCACUGGGGCUGUACGAAGAUGGAGGCCCGGGAUGCUCACCCGAUGGCCGGAGUCUGAGCGGCCGCAGCAGCGCAGCAUCAUCGCCCGCCGCCAGCAGAUCGCCCGCUGACCACCGCGGCUACGCCAGCCUACGCGCAGCCUCGCCCGCCCCGUCCAGCGCGCCCUCGCACGCGUCCUCAUCGCUCUCCUCGUCCUCUUCUUCCUCCUCGGGUUCUUCGUCGUCCGACGACGAGUUCGAAGACGACCUGCUCGACCUGAACCCCAGCUCAAACUUUGAGAGCAUGUCCCUGGGCAGUUUCAGCUCCUCUUCGGCGCUCGAUCGGGACCUGGAUUUUAACUUCGAACCCGGCUCAGGCUCCCACUUCGAGUUCCCGGACUAUUGCACGCCCGAGGUGAGCGAGAUGAUCUCGGGAGAUUGGCUGGAGUCCAGCAUCUCCAACCUGGUCUUCACCUACUAAAGGGAGCGCAGGGCCGGAGAGAAGGAGGGCCAAGAGGCAGGAGAGGAGAGAGGAAAACAAAAAACAAAACAAAAAAAAAUUUAAAAAAAAAGAGAGAGAGAGAAGGAAGAACGAAAGAAACAGAAAAAAAAUGAGGAAAAAAGAAUAGAUGGAGAGUGGAAGGAGAAAGGGGAAAAGAAAAGGAAUAAAAAGUGCAUAGGGCUGGCCUGGACCACGUCCCGCCGUUGGAGAAGGAGCGCGGGGGCGUAGUGGACCCGUGCUCCCAUCCCCCACUCUCAGGGCUGGGGACUCGAGGAGAGGCGGAGAGUAGACAGGGGCGACCUUUUUUGUUGUUAUUGAUGUUGGUGGUGGCUAAAAAAGCUACUUCGAGUUUCCUCCCCAAUUUUGCUUGAAGAGACUCCCCCCCUCCCCUUCCAACGAGCUUCCGGACUUGGUUGCACCCCCCCCCAGCAAGAAAAGAAGCCAAGCAAAGAUUCUAAAGACUGAAGGAAUCUUGCGCCCCCCCCCGUCUUGCCCCCCUCUCGCCUCGGUGAUUUCUUGUUUGAUUUUAUUUUGCCUCUUGGUCGAGAAAGGAGGGGGAAAAUCCAGCGUGCCCCAUCUCCUAUCCACCCCUUCUUUGUAUUCUUCUCUUUGUAUUUUUCCCUUUUUUUAAAUUUCUUUUUCUGCAAUGAAGACAGAAGGCUCUGGGGUGAUGCGUUUGGCCAUGGCGUUUGUGUUGGGCUUAGGGGAGCAUUGGCAUGGAGAAACUCCACGCUGGCGAAGUCCCGGGCUGGGCUUUCUUCCCCCCUCCCCCCUCCUUUUUUCCCCUUUUCCUUGUCCCUGCAGCUGGAGGAGAUGUAUGCAGGGAGCAGCAGGCCAGCCUCGGAAAUGGACAUGGGGACCUCGUGGAAGCCACAGCAACCUGGUUGGGAACGCAGAAGGACCUGGAGCACAGAGGGCAUUGAGGUCCUCGGGCCUCCGCCUGGGGUCUGUGCAAAGAUAAAGAAUUAAAAAAAAAAAAAAUCAGAGAGGUGAGGCUACCCAGAGCCGGCGGGAGGACAGGAGACUGUGGGAUGUGGUCCAGGGGCCGCCGAGUGGUUUGGGGGGGAAAGAGAUUUUUUUCUUCUCUUAAUGGGAAUCGUGAUGGUGUUGAGUUAUUUCACUGGUGGGGUUAAUAUAGCAUGUUAUCCUGUCUAUCUUUUGAAGAUUUCUGUAUAAGACUGUUGAGCAGUUUUUAAAAUAGUGUAGGAUAAUAUAAAAAGCGGAUAGAUGGCGCUAUGUUUGAUUCCUACAACGAACCGAUCACCAGCUCCUUUUCAUUCUUAACUCUUUAAAAGGAUUCAAACGCAACUCAAAUCUGUGCUGGACUUUUGAAAAACCACAAUUCAGGACCAAAUUUUUUCUCCGUGUGUGUUUAUUCCUUCUAGGUGUAAUUGAGAAGACCCGUUUAUUUUUACCCCCUCACGGACGCUCCAUCUUUGUAUUUUUUUUUCCCUUGUAAAUGUAAUCAGAUGCCAUUUUAUAUGUGGACGUAUUUAUACUGGCCAAACAGUUUUCUUAUUUUGUCCCCCCUUUUCCCCUUUUCUUUUGCUUUCUUGUCUUUUGACCUCGUUUCUUUAUCUUCCUUUUUAUUUUCUUUCUUUUUUUCCGUUUUUUUUUCUAGUGUUGUUACCCACGCCAUUUUACGUCUCCUUCACUGAAGGGCUAGAGUUUUAACUUUUAAUUUUUUAUAUUUAAAUGUAGACUUUUGACACUUUUAAAAAACAAAAAAGACAAGAGAGAUGAAAACGUUUGAUUAUUUUCUCAGUGUAUUUUUGUAAAAAAUAUAUAAAGGGGGUGUUAAUCGGUGUAAAUCGCUGUUUGGAUUUCCUGAUUUUAUAAUAGGGUGGCUGGUUAAUAUCUCACACAGUUUGAAAAAUCAGCCCCUGGUUUCUCCAUGUUUACACUUCAAUCUGCAGGCUUCUUAAAGUGACAGUAUCCCUUAACCUGCCACCGGUUUCCACCUUUCAACCUCCCAGUCUUAUAAGGGGAGGAGAGUUCAGCCCAGCACCAUAAUGCUUUAAAGAAAACAGAUUUUUUUUUUAAAAAAAAAAACGAAUUGCUGUUCUGUCCAGAGGUUUUAAAACUGGUGCAUUCACAGCAAAAAGGGAUUCUGUAGCUUUAACUUGUAAACCACAUCUUUUUUGCACUUUU